CACCAGAAGAAUCACAAAAGCACCAGAUUUUCUCUAAUCUGCUAAUGGAAAAAAACAAGGCAAUAACCAUCGCAAUUCUUUCUUUUCUUUCUCCUGGCUAAGUAAAUGGCCAUUCUUUUUCUCUUUAAACCACCUUUUUUCCUGUAUAUUAUCCUCAUCAUCAUGUUUCCAUGGAUGUUGAAAGCUUACAUGACCGAUGCAGACGCUUUGCUUAGAAUCAAGAAAUCUUUGAAUGAUCCUGAGCCUCUUGAUUCUUGGAAACUCGGAACACAGCCGUGUGAUGAAGUAAUAAGAUGGGUUGGUCUUGUUUGUACAAAUGGGAUCGUUUCUAAUCUUCAUCUUAAAUCAAUGAGUUUGUCUGGUAAUAUCGACUUAAAUGCCCUUUCGCAAAUGCCAGGCUUGAGAAUCAUUUCCCUUGAAAACAAUUCUUUCUCAGGCCCUAUUCCGGAAUUCAAUAAGCUUGGAUCUUUGAAGGGUCUUUACCUGUCAAGGAACCAAUACUCCGGCGAAAUCCCGCCGGAUUACUUCGCCAACAUGAAUUCCUUGAAGAAAAUAUGGUUCGAUCGAAACAAAUUCACAGGUAAAAUCCCUUCUUCAAUUGCUCAACUCCCGAACCUUUUGGAAUUACACCUCGAAGAAAAUCAGUUUUCCGGCCAAAUUCCACCCAUCGGUCAACGGAGUUUGCAGUCGCUCAACCUUUCGUAUAAUAACUUGACCGGGGAAAUUCCAACGGGUUUGAUAAGAUUCGAUGCAUCGUCUUUUGAAGAAAAUCCUGGGCUUUGUGGGGCGAAAUUUGGGAAGGUGUGUCAUAUUAAAACUCCACUUACCGCUGAUAAACGAAAAGAAAAACCAUCUAAAAAGUUUCUAAGGAUAGAAUACCUACUCAUGCUUGUGUCUCUCAUAAUUCUUGUUCUAAUGGUUGUCGGAAUCUUCGUAUUGGCGAGGAGGAGAAAAGAUAAUUCAGAGACGAUUGGGAUCAUGGAGAGAAAUAAUCUUGAAGGUUCUGUAGGUUUAACGAUUUGUAGUAUCGGCAGACCAGAAGCUAUUCCGGGGCAGCAAGGAUUUGGAGCAGGUCAGGCGUCGUUAUUGGCAAAAAAGAAAGCUGCAGCUGUCGAUUUGAUGUUGUUAAACAACACUAAAGGAGUUUUCCGGUUGUCGGAUGUGCUGAAGGCCGCUGCAGAGGUGCUCGGAAAUGGCUCGCUGGGGUCAUCAUACAAAGCCACCAUGUCAAAUGGGAUGACUGUGGUGGUGAAGAGACUGAAAGAAAUGACUUUGAUCGAUAAAAAUGGUUUCGAAGGUGAGAUGAUGAAGCUAGGAAGACUCAACCACCCAAACAUCUUGUCGCCACUAGCAUGCCAUUAUCGGAAACAGGAGAAGCUCUUGAUUUACGACUACAUUCCCACCGGAAGUCUACUUUACUUAUUGCAUGGUGACAGAGGAGAGAGGCACGCCGAGCUCAACUGGUAUGCUCGGUUGAAAAUCAUCCAAGGAAUCGCACAAGGAAUGGGCUACAUCCACACCGAACUUGCCACAUUAGAGUUGCCUCACGGCAAUCUGAAAUCGAGCAACGUACUUAUCGGUCCUGGUUACCAGCCACUAGUCGUGGAUUUCGGUCUGCAUCCCAUGAUUGAUAAACACUACGUCGCAAAUGCAUUAGCAGCUUACAAAGCUCCCGAGGCAGUAGAAAAUCGUCAAGUGUCACCUAAAUCCGACGUUUAUUGCCUCGGAAUCGUAAUUCUCGAAGUCCUCACCGGAAAAUUCCCUUCGCAGUACGUUAACAGUGGCCAAAGGGGAACAGAUGUGGUUCAAUGGGUAAAAUCGGCGAUGGAGGAACGUCGGGAGGUGGAAUUGUUGGAUCCGGAGAUCACCGGAUCGAGUAAAUACAUCGGUGAAAUGAGAAAGCUGUUACAUAUCGGUGCAGCUUGUACGGAAAGUGAUCCGGAGUACCGAGUAGACAUUAGAGACGUAAUUUGUAGCAUAGAGAAUAUUCAAGGCGGAGACGAGAGAGCGAUUCAGAUGGUUUCAUCGUUGGGAGAUAGAUACGACGAUGCAGCGAGUACGAUAUCGGAUGCUUCGUAUUUGUCGUUCGCCGCUGAGGCUAAAACCGGGAACAACGAAUUGGCCCAACGGAAUAACGAUACUUUUGGGUAUCGAGUAUCCUAAUUAGUUAUUAGUAUGUGAAAUCGAAAUCGAAAGAUGUCCCCAAGAUUUGUAAAUAUCAUUGGGCCCAUGGUUUCCUUCUGGAGCUGUGCUAGUGCUAUCCGCCUGCAACAAUGGAUGCUCCUAGCUAGGGUUAGCCUUCGGAUGUGAUAAUUAGAAGAAAGGAGGAAGGCAGUUAGGCAAUGUACUUUAUAUCUUUUUCCUUCAAAUGAUAGGAGCAGGUGUGUUUUCGAGGAUGAACAACCUUCAAGAGCUUUUAUUUUAUGGGCCUGUCAUGGGCCUUCGGCCCACUCAACAGUCGACACCAUUUGAAAAUUU